AUGUCAACAUUGGGCAAGGAAAGGCUCAGAUAUGUCAUCAAUGCACUGGCAUUAUUUAGCUCUGAAGCUGGAAUCCCAGGUUUACCAGGCAAGUACCAAGAUUGCGAGGAAACCCAGGGAAUGAAGAAUAAUGGUGGUCUGUCAGGAUUGUCUGGACGUGACACACUCAAAGGAGGAUCAGGAAUCAACGAAAACCGCGAAUUCGAUUGA